UCUGUUAAAUAAUAAUUUAAAAUUAAGAACGGUUUCGAAUUGCAUAUUCACGACAUGGCUUGGUUAAAAAUUAACGAAGCAAGUAAAGAACAAUUUAUGGAAUGGACUUCUUUAGGAGUCCAAGAUCGUCUGUGCAAAUUCGAUAACGAUCAACAAGUACCACUCGAAAAAUUAGCACGCACCGUUCACGCUUACAAACAGCCUUUCAUAGGAUCACAAAGGGGAACCACAAAUAGUUUGCUGUAUAGAGCCGCUCAUUGCCUUCACGAUGCAGCAGAUGUAAUCGAAAACUGCAAGGAAGAUAGAGAAAAAGGAGAAUUAUGGACCCGACAAACUUAUAAUAUGUCCGAUAAAGAUUAUAGUUUUUGGCAAAGAACAGAAAGAUAUGAGAUUGACAGAAUAGACGAUACGGAUUUACAAUGCAAUUUUAUUAUUCGGGAAUUGUUAAAAAUAAUUUCGAAUGUCGAACGCCAUCUUGUCAUCACCGAAAAGUGUUUAGAGUUAAGAAUAAGUAUUUUGAAUAUUACAACAGAUUCUGUUAAUAAAGCAUUGGAGAAUGAAAAAGAUGUUAUAGAAGAAAUAAUAAAUGAUUUGAAAGCAAAAGUCGAAGAAUUAGAAAAAUGCCUUAAAAAACUGCGUUUGAUUCGUCCUUACCUUCAAAAAGACGUUCAAUACAAAACUAUAGCCGCUUCGAUCAACCAAAGUUGCCAGCAUAAUGACAGAUUACUCCUUUACAGGGAACCUCCUAACGUUACAACUGAACCCCCAAAACUUCAAAAAUUAAAUUACGAUGUAUGGAUUGACAAUGUUAAUAAUUUAAUAAAAACGGCUAUGGAUAUAAGAAAAGCGUGCUGCAACAGUUGCAGAGGUGCCGAACAAGUGUUACAAGAAUGUAAAAUGAAACUACACGAGGCUUGGAAAGCUACAAACAAUGCUUUAGGAUCAGAAAUAGAAAAGAAUAAUGAUCGUUUAGAUAGAAUUCGAGCUGAAAUUACAGCAGUUUUAUACCACAUACAACUUUCGGAUCAAAGAACACUUAGUUUACGUCGUAGUGGCUAUCAAGAACAGCACGCUCUUCAGUUGGCAAUUUGGAGACAGCAAAGAGAAUUUCUCAAACCUCCUAGGGAACAGAUACAGGAUCGAUGUAGCGAGAGAAUCGAAGAAGAAUUGAAAGCUUCCGAUGAAAGGGUUACAAAUAUUGAAUUAUGUCUAAGAAAAAAUGAGGAAAUUCAUUCUGAUCUUCAAGCUAGAAGAUAUCUAUUAGAAGAACAGUACGAUUCGAUCUCUCUUCAUCUUUUUGUGGAUAGAGAGUAUUGUGAAGGAUUGAGAAGAUCUGUACAACAGCAACAACCUACAGAAUGUUUAGCUAAGAGAACAAGAUUCUACCCCACUUCAUUCCCCUGGCAAUGGAAACUAAAUACUAAAGGAGUUUCUGCUUGUGUCUGUUACUAGAUCAGAAAAAUUCGAGAUUUUUCACUUAAAUUUUUAAUACAAAAAUUUAAAAUAUAAUGGAAUUUUCAUAUCUUCAACACAUUCUUACAUUCUUUGCCAAGUUACGCGCUUGUGCCUCGAGCAAAAAAAUUUAAAAAUUUUGGACAUUUUUAAUGUAUAAAAUUAUCACGGGAUGGCACUACAAGUAAAA